AUGAGCGGCCUACGGGAGACCGCGGCGGAGGAGGCGGCGGCCGAGGCGCCGGCCUGGAAGCUGGCCCUUCUGGAGCGGAAGCGGGCCAAACUGGCGGCCGGCAUGGGCCAGGGACGCGGCCGCGGCUCUGCUCCGCGGCCCGGCCAGAGCUCCGAGGCGGUCGAGGCGGGGUCGGUGGUGGCCGAGAGCCUGGGCCCGCUGCGGGAGAACCCCUUCAUGCGCCUGGAGAGCGAGCGGCGGCGGAGGCGGCGGAGGGGUGCCUGCGAGUUCCCGGUCCCGGCUCCCCCCCGCUCUCCGCCCGCCGAGUCCCCGGCCCUGGCGCAGCUGCUGCAGCUCUACGGGGCCAUGCCCGGCAUCCGCACCAUCCGCGCCGAGAACAUCCUCAUCAUCGAGUCCAGCGACGCGGCGGAGCCCGCGGAAGGCGGCCGUCAGAGGUCCCAGCUGCGAGAGCUGCUCGCCCGGCACGGCCCUCCCGUCACCGAAAUCCGCGCGGCCCAAGUGGUCGUCUAUGAGUCCGAAGCGCCGCCGCUCGCCGGCCCCGAUUCCGGUCUGGUCAGCCGGCUGCUGCAGAAGUUCGACCGCGCGGCCCAAGGCAAAGGUCGAGGAGGCGACGGCCCUGCCCUGACGGUGCCCCCGUCGGCCGGGACCCUCGCCGCCCGCCCGGCCCCGCCGCCCGAUGCUCAACGCGCCGGCGUUUUCCUGCAGAAAAUCGGCUCCAACUCCUUCGUGGUGAAUCCGCGGGGACACCGCCCCCGCCCCCGCCUCCGAGCCAUCUCUGGGCUCAGUAAUGAGGGUGCAAAGGAGGAGGGCGCUGCUGCCCCUCCGCCUCCUCCUGGCAGUCCCGGUCAGCGCGAUGUGGCCUCCACCUCCAACGCCGUGCCAUCCUCCGGGAGCCCCACACCUUCCUCUCCGCCAGAAGCUGAGGUGGAGAAGCCAAAGUCCGAGGCUGCCGCUGCCCUUGAGACCUCGCCACAGCCGUCCCCGCCGUCCAGUGCCACUCCGGCCGGCCGAACCUCAGACGGUCCUCCCCGGCCCAGCCCGCUCUUCAGCUCCAGCUGUUCCUUUGAGAUCCACCCAGCCCCGAAGCCCGAUCUCGAUGCCAUCCCUGCUCACGACCUCCAGGCGCGUGCCUUGGCCAGCCUGCGGCUCAAUUCCCGCAACUCCUUCCUCUUUGUGCCCCAUCGGAAAAAGGCGCCUCCUCGGCCCGCCGAGGCCCUUCCCGCUGCCCCCGAGGAGAAGUCGGCAGAGGCUCCGGUGCCCGUGACUUACAUAGACGAGGACUUGGUAACAGCCAUGCCGCCCUUGAAAGUCUUCAGCCCCAGGCUGGAGGGUUUCCAUGUGCCCCGAGAAGGUGCCUUGGCUCUGGAGACGGAGGAGCCUGCCUUGCCCACCUACAGGCCCCUUUCCACUGGCUCCGUUACUCGCACCAACAACACCUUCACCGUAGUGCCCAAAAGGAAGCCCCCCACGGCCGGCCUGGAGCGCUUCAGCAGAGCCUGGCUGCAGGAGGAGGAGGAAGAGGAGCAAAGCCGAAGGGAAGCGCCGAUGGGAGCCCUCCCGCAGGAAUCGGGUCGGGUCAAAAAACGCUAUCCCACCGUCAAUGAGAUCGAAGUGAUCGGCGGCUACCUUUCUCUCAAGAAGUCCUGCAUGAGCAAAUCGGGCAUUCGGCGCAAAAAGAUGAAAAUAUCCUUCAACGAGGCCAGUUUGCAAACCAUGUUUGAAUAUCCAUCUGAGGGCUCCUUAAUGGUGGAAGAGGAGGAAGAGGAGGAGGAAUACGCCACAGAAGUAGAUGAGACGCCCACCUUCCGCAUUCCUCGCGCAAACACUGCUGUCAACUCAGGUUUGUCCGGUUACAUUCCAAAGCACUCCCUGGGCUUCAACAAGUGGCAGGAGCAACUGCACCAGAAGUUGCCUUCAAGCGUCGGAGCCCUUCCACAGGAGACUGACCAGCCGGCCAUGCCUUCCUGUACUGAGAAAACAAACAAGCACCUGAAGUGGCCAGAUGCUGAAAGGCCGCCAAAUGCUCAGACUGCUGUUGAGCUACUAGGCUGA